AUGCGUUUUGUCUUUUCUUUUUUUUAUUCCUUUUUUUCUUUUUUCCUUUUCUACUUUCAUUCCUUUUUUCGCGUCUAUUUCGUCCAAAGAUACAAUCUUAUAUUAUCCUAUUCUCUCUUGACCAUUUAUUUAUUCUUUUCGUUGUUACUCUCUUUUAGUUCAGCCAUUGUUUUUCUUCGUCCUUUUGCCUCUUCCUUUCUUUUGCUUGCUCUCUUUUUUUCUCAUUUUUAUUCCAUUUCUCAUUCUUUCCUUUCUGUCUUAUUGGCGUGUAAGAUUAAAUCUCCAUAUUCAACACUUUUCUUCACCUCUUGUUUCUUCUCUAACCCUAACCCUUCUACUUCUUUAUUCCUUCUUUCUAUUAUCACUCUCUAUUCUUUUCCCCCUUUUAUUUCUUUCUUUAUUUCUUUCUUUCUUUCUUUCUUUCUUUCUUUCUUUAUCAUUCUUUUCUUCUCUUUUAUGUUGAAGACAUUACCUAUCUAUCUAUCUAUCUAUCUAUCUAUCUAUCUAUCUAUCUAUCUAUCUAUCUAUCUAUCUAUCUGUGUUUCAGCCAUUGUUUUUUUUCGUCCUUUUGCCUCUUCCUUUCUUUUUGCUUGCUCUCUUUUUUUCUCAUUUUAUUCCAUUUCUCAUUCUUUCCUUUCUGUCUUAUUGGCGUGUAAGAUUAAAUCUCCAUAUUCAACACUUUUCUUCACCUCUUGUUUCUUCUCUAACCCUAACCCUUCUACUUCUUUAUUCCUUCUUUCUAUUAUCACUCUCUAUUCUUUUCCCCCUUUUAUUUCUUUCUUUAUUUCUUUCUUUCUUUCUUUCUUUCUUUCUUUCUUUAUCAUUCUUUUCUUCUCUUUUAUGUUGAAGAGUAAAUCCUCCUCCCCAUUCUUUCUCUUCUUCCCGUUAUCGUUGGAAGUAAGCUUUCUUUCUUUCUUUCUUUCUUUCUUUCUUUCUUUCUUUAUCAUUCUUUUCUUCUCUUUUAUGUUGAAGCGUAAAUCCUCCUCCCAUUCUUUCUCUUCUUCCGUUAUCGUUGGAAGUAAGCUUUCUUUCUUUCUUUCUUUCUUUCUUUCUUUCUUUCUUUUCUUUCUUUCUUUCUUUAUCAUUCUUUUCUCUUUUAUGUUGAAGCGUAAAUCCUCCUUUCUUCUUCUUCCUGUUAUCGUUGGAAGUAAGCUUUCUUUCUUUCUUUCUUUCUUUCUUUCUUUCUUUCUUUCUUUCUUUAUCAUUCUUUUUUCUCUUUUUGUUGAAGCUAAGCUUUCUUUCUUUCUUUCUUUCUUUCUUUCUUUCUUUCUUUCUUUCUUUAUCAUUCUUUUCUUCUCUUUUAUGUUGAAGCGUAAAUCCUCCUCCCCAUUCUUUCUCUUCUUCCCGUUAUCGUUGGAAGUAAGCUUUCUUUCUUUCUUUCUUUCUUUUUUCUUUAUCAUUCUUUUCUUCUCUUUUAUGUUGAAGCGUAAAUCCUCCUCCCCAUUCUUUCUCUUCUUCCCGUUAUCGUUGGAAGUAAGCUUUCUUUCUUUCUUUCUUUCUUUCUUUCUUUCUUUCUUUCUUUCUUUAUCAUUCUUUUCUUCUCUUUAUUUCUUCCUCCUCCCAUUCUUUUCUUCUUUUAUCGUUGGAAUAAAUCCUCCUCCCCAUUCUUUCUUUCUUCCCGUUAUCGUUGGAAGUAAGCUUUCUUUUCUUUUUCUUUCUUUCUUUCUUUCUUUCUUUCUUUCUUUCUUUCUUUCUUUCCCCUUUAGAAUGAAGAGCACAACUUCCUUUUUUUUUUUACUGUUCAUGGUCAUUCUUUCAUUUCUUUUUGUUGAUUGCCAUAUCUGUUUCUUCUUCUUCUUCUUCUUCUUCUUCUUCUUCUUCUUCUCCUCAUCAUCCUUAUUUUUUCUUCUUCUUCUUUUCCUCUUCUUCCUUCUUCUCACCCUCCUCUUCUUCUUCUUCUGCUUCUUCGCCUCCGUCUCCUUAUCCCCUCCUUCUUAUCCUCCUCCUCCUUAUUUUUUAUUCUCCUCUUGUUCCUCUUUUCAUUCUUCUUCUCUUCUUCCUCCCCGUCUUCUUUUUCUUCUACUUCUUCUUAUCCUCCUCCUCAUCAUCAUACUUAUUUUUAUUUCCUCCUCCUCUCCCUUCUUCAUUUCUUCUACUUCUUCUUCUUCGCCUCCGUCUUCUUAUCCUCCUCCUCCUCCUCUUCUUCUUGUUUUUCUUUUUCUCCUCUUGUUCCUCUUUUCCCUCUGCUUCUGUUCUUCUUCUUCUUCGUCAUCUUAUCCUCCUCCUCUUUUUCUUCUUCUCCAACUCCUCUCCUCCAUCUUCUUAUCCUCCUUCUCUUUUUCUUCUUUUUUCUUCUUUCCCACCUCUUUCUUCUUCUUCUUCUUCUUCUUCUUCUCUUGUUCCUCUUUUCCCUCUGUUUCUGUUCUUUUUUUCUUUUUCUUCUUCUCCGUCAUCUUAUCCUCCUCCUCUUUUUCUUCUCCAACUCCUCUCCUCCUUCUUCUUCUUAUACUCCUUCUUUUCUUCUUCUUCCUCUUCUUUCCCUCUCCUUUUUUCUUCUUCUUAUCCUCCUCUUUCUUUUUUCAUCUUUCUUCUUCUUCUUCUUCUUCUUCUUGUGAUUCUUUCUUUUUUCCCAACCUGACGUUUUCGUUUUCUUUCUUUCUUUCUUUCUUUCUUUCUUUCUUUCUUUCUUUCUUUCUCUUUCUCUUUUUUUCUUUCUUUCUUUCUUUCUUUCUUUCUUUCUUUCUCUUUCUCUUUCUUUCUUUCUUUCAUGUUUUUAUGUGCCACGUUUUCAUUGUCUGUCUGUCUGUCUGUCUGUCUGUCUGUCUUUCUUUCUUUCUUUCUUUCUUUCUUUCUUUCUUAAAUUAUCUCCCAUUUACUUUUCCACAUUCCUUGCCCUGCUUUUUAAUUACUUUUAUUUCUUUUUUCAUUCUUUGUUUCUUACUUUUUUAUUUUUUCUUUCUUCGAUUUUUUAAAUUAUCUCCCACUGUCAUUUACAAAAGUUUUCAUUCUGCUUAUUUUUUUUCCUUCUUUUGUCCCCUUUCUUUCUUUCUUUCUUUCUCUCUCUUUCUUUCUUUCUUUCUUUCUUUCUUUCUUUCUUUCUUUCUUUAUUUAUUUAUUUCCUUCUUUCUUUCUUUCUUUCUUUCUUUCUUAUGCCUUUAUACUUUUCAUUCUGCUUAUCUUUCUUUCCUUCUUUUGUCCUCUUUCUUUCUUUCUUUCUUUCUUUCUUUCUUUCUUUCUUUCUCUUUCUUUCUUUCUUUCUUUCUUUCUUUCUUUCUUUCUUAUGCCUUUAUACUUUUCAUUCUUUUUCCUGUUCCAUUAUUUCGUUUCGUCUUCAUUCAUUUUAUAUCUUUUUCCUUUUUCUUUAUAUUUUCCUCGUUUCUUUAUCUUAUCUUCUUUCAUUUUCUUCCUUCUUUCCCUUUUUUUCUUUAUUUUGCUGUAUUUUCGUUUUCUUUCCAUCUUUUGUCUUUCUAUCCAUCGUCAUUUCUUUCCUCGCCCUCUUUCUUUCCUUUUCGUGCCGUCAUUGUGUUUUUCUUUUCACAUCUCUCCUCUCCUCACGAUUCUCUUUCCACUGUCUCCUUUCUUUCUUUCUUUCUUUCUUUCUUUCUUUCUUCUGCAUUCUUUCCUUCUUUCUUUUUCCAAUCUGUCUAA